CUGCCCCACUCUCCCCACAGAACUGCCCCGAAAUGAACCUCCUCAUGGAAAAACAUAAAACUGGAGCAGAGAGAAGCAAAUGGGCAACUUCAGCCAUGGUCACUGUGACAUUUCAUGAUGUGGCGGCUUGCUUUGAAGAGGAGGAGUGGGGCAUCAUGGAAGAAUGGCAGCGCGAGCUCUAUCGGAAUGCCAUGAAGGAGAUUCACGGGGUGCUUGUAGAUCUGGGGUACCGGAUCCUAAAUCCAGACCUGCUGGUAAAGUUUGAGAAGUGUCCGGACAGGGGCAAGACUCCUUCUGCAGGCAGCGCAGUGCUAGUGCCCGACCUCCUGCUGAAUGUGGAACAAGUUAAGCUCCUCCCUCCUGAAACCACUGCCGGCAAAGAACUGGUGCGGCCGACUGGCGACUCCAGGGGAAGCCGCACACGGAAACCUGAGCAUCCAAUGAAACUGCGACAAGAUGGCGAUGCCUAUUACUCCGAACCGGAGGCCAAUGAGAGAGCUUCUCCUGUUCAACAUGAGCUUGUGGUGGUGGUGAAGAAAGAGGAGGAUAUGAAGGAGGGAGAGGAGGGGAGCCCGGCUGUGGGGCCCCCAGACCUUACCCAGGAAAGUGACCCCAUUAUAAAGUGCGAGACCGUGAGUAACUGCAGCUCAGACUCUGCCCCCGAGGGAGAAGCUCAGAGACCUUGCGGCCAGUUGCCCUCGAUCGGAGCCGACGGGGAGAACAUGUUUCUGUUUGCCGAGGCGGCAGGACUGGCACUGAAUCGGGCACUGCCCCCUGACUACUCCCUGGAGAACUCCCUGGAACUGGAGCGGUACCUGAGCACCUUCACUCACCCCGCCCUCCUCCUGAGGGACCCGCCCAGGCCGCGCAGCGAGUUCGAGCGGGGCUUCUAUGAGAACUACAGCAUGCACAGCAAGCAGCGACUGAUGCUAAUGGGGGAGAAGCGCUACCGCUGCUCGGAGUGCGGCAAAGGCUUCACCAGGAACUCCCACCUCAAGGCGCACAGGAGGAUUCACACCGGCGAGCGACCGUUCAAGUGCGGCGAGUGCGACAAAACGUUCAGUGAGAACUCCCACCUGACGGUGCACCUCCGCGUCCACUCAGGGGAGAAGCGCUACAAGUGCCACGUGUGUGAGAAGAGCUUCAGCGAGAACUCCAACCUUAUUGUGCACCAGCGAAUCCACACCGGGGAGAAGCCCUACAAGUGCCCCGAGUGCGACAUCUGCUUCAGCCAACACUCCAGCCUGGUGCGCCACCGCCGCAAACACUCGGGAGCCCGGCCCUACAAGUGCGAGGAGUGCGACAAGACCUUCAGCCAGAAGGGACAUCUCAGCAACCACAUUAGGACACACACCGGCGAGAGGCCCUACAAGUGCGGCGAGUGCGGCAAGUGCUUCAGUGAGCACUCACACCUUACGGGGCAUCAGAAGAUCCACACGGGGGAGAAGCCCUACACCUGCGACGUGUGCCACAAGAGCUUCAGCAAGAUCUCCAACCUGAAGGCCCAUCAGCAGAUCCACACGGGCUACAGGCCAUACGCGUGCACACAGUGCGGCAAGAGCUUCACCCAACAUUCCACCCUGGUGCGACACCAUAGGGUCCAUGUGGGCAAGAUGGAUUCCUUCUGGCACCGAAUGUACAAUGACUCUACGGAGGCUAACAGGGACCCAACUUGGAGAACUGGACUUCUUCCUCAGAGUGCAGAAUUCAUGGAGACUAUAGAGACCAUAGCAAAGCUUUCCAGUGGAACCGAGGAACCUUCCUGACCCCACCAGAAUGGCUUUGUGCACUGCUAUGAACUCACCAAAGUGUUCCAGUGGGGAGGCAGCAGUGACUGGCCGGGUUGUUAGGUUAUAGCUUUCUGUCUGUUACGGGUAGGUACUCCCACACGUGUACACAGGUAUGUGCGGCUACAUGUUCUACAGUCACGCUUCCCGUUCAGGCUCAGCCUCUUCUAUGGAAUUCAGAUAUUGAAUGUUCCCAGGUUUUUAUUGGUAUUUAUUGUUGCUUAAUAGACUUUCCCCUUUAGCAUCUAUGGGAAAUGUGCCCUUUAACACAGCUUUAAUGCCCCUUUAAUGUCAGUUGUUAGAAAGGAGCCUAUAUAAGGUGCCUGAUGUCUCCUACAGGUCUUCAAUACCCAGGAACGAGCCUAUGUAGGGUGCCCAAUAACUCCCACAGGUAAUGGAUACCCAGAAAGGAGCUUAGGCAGGGUGCCUGAUGUCUCCUUAGUUCAUCGAUACCCAAGAACGAGCCUAUAUAAGGUGCCUGAUGUCUCCUACAGGUCUUCAAUACCCAGGAACGAGCCUAUGUAGGGUGCCUGAUGUCUCCUUAGUUCAUCGAUACCCAAGAACGAGCCUAUAUAAGGUGCCUGAUGUCUCCUACAGGUCUUCAAUACCCAGGAACGAGCCUAUGUAGGGUGCCAAAUAACUCCCACAGGUCAUGGAUACCCAGAAAGGAGCCUAGGCAGGGUGCCUGAUGUCUCCUACAGGUCUUCAAUACCCAGAAAGGAGCCUAGGCAGGGUGCCUGAUGUCUCCUUAGUUCAUCGAUACCCAAGAACGAGCCUAUAUAAGGUGCCUGAUGUCUCCUACAGGUCUUCAAUACCCAGGAACGAGCCUAUGUAGGGUGCCAAAUAACUCCCACAGGUCAUGGAUACCCAGAAAGGAGCCUAGGCAGGGUUCCUGAUGGCUCCUUAGCUCUUCAAUACCCAGGCACGAGCCUAUGUAGGGUGCCCAAUAACUCCCACAGGUCAUCGAUACCCAGGAAGAAGCCUAUGAAGGGUUCCCAAUGUCUCCUACAGGUCAUCGAUACCCAGGAACAAGCCUAGGCAGGGUGCCCAAUGUCUCCUUAGUUCAUCGAUACCCAGGAACGAGCCUAGGCAGGGUGCCUAAUGUCUCCUUAGGUUAUCAAUACCCAGUAACGAGCCUAUGUAGGGUGCCCAAUGUCUCCUACAGGUCAUUGAUACCCAGGAACGAGUCUAGGCAGGGUGCCUGAUGUCUCCUACAGGUCAUUGAUACCCAGGAACGAGCCUAGGCAGGGUGCCCAAUGUCUCCUACAGGUCAUUGAUACCCAGGAACGAGCCUAGGCAGGGUGCCCAAUGUCUCCUACAGGUCAUUGAUACCCAGGAACAAGCCUAGGCAGGGUGCCCAAUGUCUCCUUAGUUCAUCGACACCCAGGAACGAGCCUAGGCAGGGUGCCUAAUGUCUCCUUAGGUUAUCAAUACCCAGUAACGAGCCUAUGUAGGGUGCCCAAUGUCUCCUACAGGUCAUUGAUACCCAGGAACGAGUCUAGGCAGGGUGCCUGAUGUCUCCUACAGGUCAUUGAUACCCAGGAAUGAGCCUAUGUAGGGUGCCCAAUGCCUCCUACAGGUCAUUGAUUCCCAGGAACGAGCCUAGGCAGGGUGCCCAAUGUCUCCUACAGGUCAUUGAUACCCAGGGUGGAGCCUAGGCAGGGUGCCUGAUGUCUCCUUAGUUCAUCGAUACCAGGAACGAGCCUAGGCAGGGUGCCUGAUGUCUCCUUAGUUCAUCGAUACCCAGGGUGGAGCCUAGGCAGCGUGCCUGAUGUCUCCUUAGUUCAUCGAUACCCAGGGAGGAGCCUAUGUAGGGUGCCCAAUGUCUCCUACAGGUAAUCAAUACACAGGAAAGAACCUAUGUAGGGUGGCCGAUGUCUCUUACAGCUCCCUGAUGCCCAGGGAGGAGCCUAUGUAGGGUGCCCAAUGUCUCCUACAGGUAAUCAAUACACAGGAAAGAACCUAUGUAGGGUGGCUGAUGUCUCUUACAGCUCCCUGAUGCCCAGGGAGGAGCCUAUGUAGGGUGCCCAAUGUCUCCUACAGGUAAUAGAUACACAAGAAAGAACCUAUGUAGGGUGGCCAAUGUCUCUUACAGCUCCCUGAUGCCCAGGAAGGAGUCUAUGAAGGGUGCCCAAUGUCUCCUACAGCUCCCUGAUACCCAGGAAGGAGUCUAUGUAGGGUGCCUGAUACCCAGGAAGGAGUCUAUGUAGGGUGCCUGAUACCCAGGAAGGAGUCUAUGUAGGGUGCCUGGUGUCCAAGAACAUUACUCCUACAGGUCGCUGGGGUUACCACUGAAGUCAGAGAAUAUUAGGGUACUGUGUUAGUCUAGGUACAACAUACAUCUUCCUAAAUUAAAGCUUCCUGGCUGACAGGUAUAGAAUUGUCCAACCAUCUGUGUGUGGGGGGGUCACUCAGUGUCACCCUGUUGGAUCAGUGACAUGAGUAGCUGAAAGGAAUCUAUGGUGGCCUUUUCUGUUGAAAGACCAAUGGUACAAGCCAUUUCUCAGCCCUCCCUCUAUUGAUAAAAAGAAGCCCCAUGGGGGUCUCCGUGGACAGGAAUUUGCAGUAGACUGAGUGAUUGUAUCAUUGGGGCUCUAUCAUAGGAUCAUUGUAGUAUUGUGGCUCUAUCAUAGGGUACCACCUCUCCAACCAAUGGGUUUGUCAGGUCCCUUCCCCACCAGACCUGCCUCAGGCAAGAGUUAGUUCUGUUACUGUGAGACAGAAAGAUCUCCAUUGUGGGUCCUGUGAACUGGGUUUGUAUAGUGGAACUGGGUUUGUAUGGCCAAUCAGCUGCACCCAAGCUUAAUGUGGCCGUGUCCAAUGGGAAGCCUUGGUGGGAGGGGGCAAGGCUGCUGCUGCCGCUAUUGGACAUCAUUGGAGGCAGCCAUGUUUGUUAUCUAUUAUCCCAAGACUCCAUGCAGUACCAAACGAUGUCUCUCCGCCUAUAAUUGGCUUGUUUGUUACUUACCUUCUGCCAUGGAGCCCAGUUGUCCCAAUAACACUAAUUAGUCAGUACCUAAUUACAUACAACUAGACAAUGAAUUAGGCACGAGAGAAUUCCAGUCAAGUAUCAUGUUCCUUUCCUGGUUAGAGACAAGGGAAGUGAAGCCACAGAGAAGAAGCUGAAGAUCCGGAUCAGCCAGACAUCGGGUCGGUUCCUCUCAGCCAAAGGUUGAACUUGAUGGACUUGGGACUUACCUACUUAUUUACUGCAGAAAAUGAAAUUCACUUUGGGGACUAAGUUAACCUUUAACCUUUGUCAAUGACAAAUCAGAGGGAAGAUGUAAAUGUGCUCAGCCUGUAGUCUUCUACUGGGUCGGCAGGUAGAGCCGUGCAUCAUGGGAAUGAGGGAUACGUGGCCUUUGUCUCUUGGGUUUGUGGCCUUUGCCCCUGAAUGUGGGGAAGGCGCUGGUGCCGCUGGUUCUUUAAUGGGUCACUUUGACCCUGUGUGAGCCUGUCUCUGCUCAUAGAUCCAACGUUACGUUAUACCGGGACUCUGGGCCCGACUGUAUUAAAGGGAAAGCCGGUACUGUUAUACACUGGGAAUGGGUCAGAACAUUUGGCGCUGAUUAGAAAAGAAGCAAUGGCUGCACUGCUGCUCAUACCACAGACUAAAUGUAUUUAUAAAUGAUCCGUUCGUGGUU